AUGUCGGACCUCACAAGCCUGGAGUAUCUAGGGAUACUCAUAAUAGGCGCAUUACUCUUCAUCACUACCCUGCUCAUCUGCGCCGAGCUCAUCGACACCUUCACCGAAACCUCAUGCCCCUCCAUCCCCUGCCGUCAGCGCGCCCAGAACCUGCACCGCCUCCUAGCAAGCCUGCACGUCUUCCCGGACUCGAAUCCCGGUAUAGGGGGUAAGGCCCUCCGCUUCAUCACCGACGCCGCGCUGCCGCAGGGAAUAGUACUCCUCGCCCUCUCCGCCCGGGCAAUCUACCUGGCUGCGAGGCACGAGGUGCCGAGCCGGUGGUUCUGCUACCUGCUCGGGAUAUUGACGGGGUGUGUUGUGUUUGAGUGGGCUUUGCUGGUGGGUGACCACAGGGCGCGGGCUCGUAGAGAGAGGGCGGUGGCAGCGGCGAAUGGGCCGUAUGAGCCAUGCUUGUACCCCCAGGUCGAUUUCAAGGAGGGUAAUGCGCCUGAAUAUGUGACCGGAAUUUUCGGGCAGCCAGUAUUGCGGCGCUGUUGA